AUGAGGAUAACAGUCGAUAUGAUAAAUGAUGCUCAUCAAACGAAAAAUCCAUCCAACGAAAAUACCAUAGUCUUAAGAGGAAACAAAAUAACCGUUAUCGAAAACUUAGGAGUGACGAAGGACUACUUUGAAUGCAUAGACCUCAGUGAUAAUGAAAUUCUUAAGCUAAAUAACAUCCCCUAUCUGCAAAGAUUAAAAACGUUAAUAUUGUGUAACAAUAAGAUAGCCAGAAUCGACAGUGACAUUUUUGAAAACAUUCCAAAUUUGAAUUCGCUAGUUCUGACAAAUAAUAAGCUUGAAAAAUUAACCGAUUUGAACUCUCUCUUUAAAGCCAAAAAGUUAACGAGACUUAGCCUAUUAGAAAAUGCCGUAUCCAAGUUGGAAAACUAUCGCGAGUAUUUAAUAUACAAUUUGCCAUCUUUGAGAUACCUAGAUUUUAUAAAAAUAAAAAUGAAGGAUCGGGAAGCCGCAGAAGAAGCCAUGAAGAACUUCUAUCUAGAUGAGAACAAAGGUCAGACGCAGGAAAAAUGA